AUGGACGUGAGCAGUGAGGAUGAGGAGCAUCCUACGCCCUCCCAGGAGGUGGCACAGGAGCCUCUCCUGGACGAUAACGCCGAAAACUGCCGUGGUGGCCAACAAGAAACUACCGGUCACUGCAGCAGCCAGCAGCCAGUGCAAAGUGGCCCACAGGUUGGCAAACCAGCCGUAGUGGCCCAAAAGCCACCAAAUGCUCCUGGACUACCUCCACAAGUCGGUCAGAAACGUGUUGCACCCGCUCCACCUGUGGAAACCGAGGCUGCCUCCAAGUCGGUGAAGAAGUGGCGGCGAGUGGCUCGCAAACGCGGAUUCCUCAUGGGCGGAUUCAAGAUCCCGUAUCUCAACGAUCAGCCGAAGAAGCUGCCGCAACCGGAGGCGGACUCGUAUGCUCUAACCUUCUUCGAGCAGAACUUUAACUACAGUACAAACCAGGACGCCACAGAGGAGGACUUCUUGGAUACGGCCAUAGUGCUCAACGAAGACUCGGAGGAUGAUCGAAAAAUAAUUAAAUAAAUAAUGAGAAAAAAA